AUGACGCGACUGGCUGCGUUUUUUUCUGAAUGGAAACGCAAUCUCGUGGAAGCGCAAGAGGUAGCUGACAGUAGUAUAGAGACCGAGUUUGCGAGUCUAUACAGGUUGACACACGAGGCGAUUCGGCUGUGUGUGCUUCUUACGAACAUGUUUUUCGAGGACCAGGACGCCAGACUGAUUCUUCAAGUCAACCAAGGACGUAUUGUGCAGGCCAAAAAUACAAGUCGACGGGAUGGAAUGAUUGCUGGCGAAUGA